AUGGCAGAUUACAACUACAACGCGCCCAACUUGGCAUCAAUCCUUGCUAAUCUUGCCAGCUUAUCAUCCCAGUCACAGCCUCCGCCUCGACAACCAGCGACCAUUGAAGAAUCAGUUGUUUCAAAUUAUUCCCAGUCACAGGCUGUUCCAGUAGCACAAGGGCAGAUUAGACCUACGAGAACCCAAACACCGCCAUAUGUGCCCCCAGAACAUGACCAUUAUCACCAGAUAUGGCAGCAACAGCUCAAUAGAGCUUCUCAAGCACCGCAAGUACCUGAGCCAGUUCCAGCUCCAGCCAGGAAGAUAGUCGACCCUGCUACUAUCAUCGAAUGGUCUGCCGGUCUGCGUUGUGUUAUGAAAACGGUUGCGGUACACGAGAAUGUUCUUAACGAUAUUCGGAGAAUGAUGAAAACUCAACAUGAACAUGAAGAGCAAUGGUUCAAUGGUCGAGUGGAACUGAUCAAAAGACAGGCAUCUCGAGCAGAGGGCCAAAAGAAACUGGACGAGGUGAUGAGAGCUGUCGGUGGUGCUCUCUCUUCAGCACCUUCGAUCAACACCGUCGAAGAGAUGGCUCGCGAGCUCGAGACAUUCGACAUGAAAGUUUAUAGAGCGCAGCUGGAGAUGACCAGGCAGAUGACAUCUAAACUCCAAGAGUUUGGUGUCCCGUUCUUUGGAACGAAAAGUGAGCUAGUGAGAACUCGUAUUCAAGGUGAGGGAGACAGAGAGGCCUCCACGCAAGAUAAGGGGACCAUCGACGAGACUGAGCUGGUGAAGCUCCAGAGGAGGAUGCUUACAAUCCUGGAAGAUCUCUGUAGCGACUAA